AAUGUCUUUAGGUGUCCCUCUUAAAAUUAUGCAUGAAGCAGUUCAUCAUAUAGUAACAGUUGAACUUAAAACAGGUGAGAUGUUCACUGGAUAUAUGGCAGAAGCAGAAGUAACUUUAAAUAUGAUUAAUAGGAUACAAUGAAUGUCAGAUUAGAUGAGGUAUAGAUGGUUACUAGAGAUGGAAGACCUAUGUCAUUAGAAUAAGUUUAUUUGAGAGGCAGUUAGAUUAGAUUUGUUGUGAUUCCAGAUGUGUUUAAAUAUGCACCUAUGUUCAAGAAGAUUAGAGCAAAUGCUAAGAGCAAGAAUAUGUAAUAAAUAAGAGAGAAGGCUAGAUAAGUUAGAGGUAUGAAAUUUUUAUCAUUUAAUAAUAGAGGAAUUGGUACCUCGUAUCAAAUAAGGUUUGGAGUAGUAGAAGAAAUGAU